UGUUAGUGGCUAACACUUAUUGACAGCCAACAGAAAAUUCGUCACCAGUGAGAAAUAUGGAUAGUGCUCAACCCAAAACGAUGACAGUGUUGCCCAAGGACGAUGUGAGUGAGGAAGUGCAUGAGACGGAGCAACAGCACUUGCUGAUGCCACCAGCACCACCCAGCUACGAUCAGGCAACGACCACGCCCGCACAGACAACGGGACCUGGAGCAACCACAGCAACACAGCACACGGUGAUCGUUGUCCCGUCCUCGCCCUACGGACCUGAACCCCAGGACGUCCAGUGUCCAUACUGCCACAACUUUACGCGCACUCGAGUCUCCUACAGACCAAAUUCCCGAACGCACCUCAUUGCGCUGCUGCUGUGCCUGUUUCAACUUUACUGCUGUGUGUGCCUGCCCUACUGCAUUUCCAGCUGCAUGAACACGAAUCACUAUUGUGGCAUGUGUGAUAGGUACCUGGGCACCUAUUUGCGCAAAUAAAGUCACUCUGCCGGAUGUGGAACUCCAAAAAAAAAAAUAAUGUUUAUCUGCAGCAGGUUUUGGCUGAAAAUACGAGUCACAAAUACACAGUCUUACGUGAGAUAAAUACAGAUGAAAA